AUGCUUAAUGACAUAAUCGAUGCUCCAACACAAAGCUAUGCCGGCCUUUCUGUUCAUAUCUUCCUAACUGGGGCCCUGGGUCUUAUUACCAGUUUUCCUGCUUUCAGCUGCUAUGUUUGCAUGCUUUGGAUAACUACUGGUUUAUUAUUGGCUGGUGGCAUUCAACUCAUCAUUGUCUCGGGUGAUGAGGGCAAACUAUUCGAAUGGGUUGAUAUUGCCUUGAAGGAGGUGUUUACUAAGGCAGCCGAUUCAGUCAAAGGAAAGCAGGCGGUUUUCUUAAUUGAAAAUCAGUUUUUGUGCUGUGGAUUUGGUGGACAGUCUGACUAUGAAAAUAUGUCUCUGUCUCCUGGUUGCUGUAAGGAAUCUGGGACUGUAUGUCCCAUUUCCAACGCCCAUUCAAAGGUAAAAAACGAUAAUUUAUGCUCCAACUAG